UCCAUCUCUCACUGUUUAAUGUUAUUGGUACUUUGUUGUAAUAUUAAUAAUUUAUUUGAAUUUUUUCAGGCAUUGUGUACAUUUUGUAUCGAAGCAAUGAGUGGAAUGAUUAUCCCAGGCACUCCAAUUGCUGUUGACUUCUGGAAAAUAACACAUGCGCAGCAGGUGCGAUUAUUCUUCUUGUCUCAUCUUCAUGCUGAUCAUAUGGAAGGUUUAACCAGCUCAUGGAGGCUCCCGCUAUACACUUCAGAAACAAAUGCAGCACUUUUAAAACUUAAAUUCAAUUUUCCACCGGGAGUGGUGAAGGGCCUGGAGGUUGGAGAGACAUACCAGCUGCCACUUGAUGCUGAGGACGAAUACAUUUUAAGUGUUACUGUCCUGGAUGCUAACCAUAUACCAGGAGCAGUUAUUUUGGUAAUUACCUGUAUUGUGCAGAUAUGAGAUGGUACCCAGAACUGUUAGAUCACCCUGUUUUGAAAACUGUUGUGGAGUCAAAGGAACUGGACUGUGUAUUUUUGGAUAACACAUUUUCAGCUAGUUAUUGUGAUUUUCCAUCCCGAGAAGAAGCUAAGAAAGAAGUUUUCAAUAUCAUUGACUCUAGCCCUGAGUCAGAAAUCAAAAUCGGUGUCAGAUCACUUGGUAAAGAAGCCUUAUUGGAAUCUGUAGCAGCCAGAUAUCAAGAGAGGAUUUUGGUUUCUCAAGAGAAAUAUGAAAUUUUGAGAGUACUGAAAGCGCCAGAUGUAUACACUACUGAUCCCAAACAAGCACGAAUACACGCAGUGCCAUUGAAUCAGAUAACUUCCCAGUCUCAUAGUAAAUGGAAUGAAAGCACAUCAACUGUGAGCAUAAUCCUGACUGCUCUUUUUGUUGGGUGGUGUCAUGGUCCAUAUUCUGCUUCAGCUUCUCGUGGCAUGUAUGUCGUCCCUUACAGUGACCAUUCCUCAUAUUCAGAGCUACAGGAAAUGGUAGCUUGCUUAGCCCCAAAACAAGUUUUACCAAUAGUAAGGAAGUGGUCUUGUAAAGGUUGGUGGUCUGAAGAUACAGCUCCAAAUCAAAGCAUUAAAUGGGACAUGAGUUUUUAUGAGCAUUUGUUAACAAAGCCACCACCAGACUAUUUUAUCAUUCCAAAAGCUGUAGAAAAGGCCAUGAAAGAAGGUAGCACAUCAUUUUAUCAUCCAGAGUUACGUCAGUGUAGACGUCGUCAUGGUCUUAUGCCCAGGCCAAGACUAGCUAAAAGAGUUCCCCGUGGAGUGGUGUUUACUUCCUCUGAAUCAAGAACAGUUUCACCAACACAAACAAACAGUACUAGUUUUGAUUGUGCUUUUUCCAUGUCAUCUACACCGACACAUACAUUACAUCCUUUGAAAUUUUGUGAAACCAAUUUGAAUUCAUAUAAACAGUUCAUUCAUACCACAGAGAUGAAAGUUCCUGGAAGUUCAUCUAGUAAUGUUCCAAAUGCUUCAUCAUCAACUCAAACAUUGCCUUGUACGUUAUGUACCCAUAAUGUUGAAACCAAUCAGUAUGUUCCAUCAUGCAGAGAUUGUGGUACACAGACACCAAAACGGGCACAAUUUUCAUUUAAGAGAAGCGCGCCUACCAAAGAAACUAAUUCUAAACUCAGCAAAAUGGAAAGUUUUGGUGUAGAGAAAAUCUAUUCAUUGCUAGGAAAUAUUAAAUAUGAAUCUGUGGUUUCUACUGAAAUGCUAAUUUGUGAAUUAGAAGAGGAAUGCAAAAAUAAAGAUAACAUUCAGGAACUUCUAAAAAAGGCACAUGCAUUAUGUGACAUUUUGUGCUUAAUAAGUUCAUUGCAUUAGCAUUUAGGUUCUGUUGUGAGGAAUCUUGUGUGACUAUGUAUGGUGCCUGUAAUGGAAGGUCAGCGGGGAGGGGGGGGGGGGUCAUUUUUUUAUUUAAUUUCUGAUAAGAACUUACCAAUAUUUAAAAAAAAAAAAGCAUGGGCAUUGCACUAGCUUAAAUCUUAAUUUGAGCAGCCUUGAAAACCCAAGUGUAGGUAAAAUUUAUAAGAUUUAUUUAAGUUUAUAAGACGUAUGUUUUACUGUAAUUUAUUAAGUGGAUGAAAUCUGUAUCAUGCAGUGUAAAUCAUGAAACAAUACAUGUCUUUUAGUUA